UAGAACGAGAUAGAACAAAUACCAACAAAACGAAAACAAAGAGGAAAGUAUAGGCUGAGAGCUAGCUACCAAAAUUGCCCACCUGCUCAGAGCCGUGUUUGAAUUUAAUUUCAUCCACCUCCUCCCUGCGCAGAUCUUCGAGAUCUAGCUUUCCUGAUCAUGAAUUUCGGCGCAUCUAGAGACGGAGGAGGAGGGGGUUUCUCCGAGGAUGAAGUCAGAGGUAAGCUUCCCUUUUCGUCUUACUCUCCCACCUCUCCUUCUUCCUCUUCUUCUUCACCUCACUUCAACACAGCCAGUACCGCCACUCUUCUCCCCGCUGGUCUCAGCAGCUCCUCCGCCAGUUGGGAUACUUACGGCGGGGGCGGUGGUCCAGACACGAGGCUAGAGCUGAUGGAUUCGUCGACGCCGCGAAACAACGCCGAGAAUUGUAAGCAGGAGUCGAACAAUGAAGCUCAUAUUACCACAGCAGAAGCAGUAGCGGCCAUAGAGAAAGAGCACAUGUUCGACAAAGUGGUGACCCCGAGCGAUGUUGGGAAACUUAACCGGCUGGUGAUUCCGAAGCAGCACGCCGAGAAGUACUUCCCGCUGGACUCGUCCACCAACGAGAAGGGGCUCCUCCUCAACUUCGAGGACCGGACCGGCAAGCCGUGGCGGUUCAGGUACUCGUACUGGAACAGCAGCCAGAGCUACGUCAUGACCAAAGGCUGGAGUCGCUUCGUGAAGGAGAAGAAGCUUGACGCGGGCGACAUCGUGUCGUUCCAGCGCGGACUCGGCGAGUUGGGAAAGGACCGCCUCUACAUUGACUGGAGGCGCCGCCCCGACGCGCCCGAUCCCAACCACCACCACCACCACGCGCUUCAUCACCACAGUUAUGGGAUUCCUCCCCCGCAUCAUUACUCGUUCCACCGCUCGGUUCCGUGGAGUCCACUUCUAAUGCGGCCACCUGGAUCUUCGUCAGUGACUGCACGCGAGCACCAUUUACAGCAGCUCAAUUACAGCAUGAACAUUCAUCCCUAUCGGAACAGCAGCUAUUCUAGUGGCAGCGCUGGCGGCGGCGGCGGUUUUGGUUAUGGAAAUGUGGUGAAUAUGAACAUGAACAUGAACCCGGUGUGUACGGCGCCGGUUUAUUAUCUGAGAUCGGGUGGAGUAGGAGGAGGAGCAGUGUUCCCACAGCAGUUACAUGAACAAGAGGGAAGUACUGCUAGUGCUGCUGCUCAUGUUCAUUCUCAUCAUCAAGUGGGUCUGGGUCAGCUGAGUCGGGUUAAUGUGGUCGAGCCCAUGGUUUUGGAGUCGGUGCCAGUGGUCCAUGGCAAGGUAGCGGCAGCAGGCAAGAGGCUGAGGCUGUUUGGAGUAAACAUGGACUGCGCCGUAUCCGAUCAGUCGUCGGACGAGUGCGACAUUUUGUCAUCAACAACUACUACUACAGCAGCAAUGGCACUUUCCCAACCCCCACUUCAGUUAAGGCUCUACGACGGCACCCCGGCCACCACCGACUUCUUCAACAGAGGGAAGACUUCUUCAUCGUCGACCUCAAUGUCCUUGGAUUUCGAUGUCUGA